ACGACGUUUCGUGGCUUUAUUGAUUUUGAUUAUGAAGUUUCAUUCGUAGAAAUGUCAAACAUUUAGAUGGGCGGAUUACGAAUAUAAAAUUUUGUUGUUUUUAUUGGUGACAACUGAUAAAAAUACCUAAUAAAUAUAAUGGCACAAAUUCAAGGAGAUCCGUGGACUGUUCAGCCACGAGAACGAGCUCGAUACGAAGAACAAUUUAAAUCGUUACAACCAAUAAAUGGUCAUAUAAAUGGAUCUCAAGCCAAAGGUUUUAUGUUACAAAGUCAACUUCCACCUGUCGUCUUAGGUCAAAUUUGGUCCCUGGCAGAUACAGAUGCUGAUGGAAAAAUGGACAUAAGUGAAUUUUCAAUCGCAUGUAAAUUGAUUAAUCUGAAGUUACGUGGCUUUGAAAUACCAACAGUUUUACCACCAGCUCUAUUAAAUUCAGUGAAAAACACUCCCCCAGCGAUACCCCCCUUACCAACACAGAUAAUGAAUAUAAAUCAAACACCAUCUACUAUGGGUAGCACAAUUAUACCCCCGCGUCCUCAACCUCCAAAACCUGCAUCAAACGAUAUUAAUUUAUUGGCACAACAGCCUAUAAUGCAACCUAAUAUUAUGAAUCAACCACCGUUAGUGCCAUUAGGGUCGGCUAUUUCAACUAACCCUGCACCCUUAAUUCAACCUUCCAUGCCAAUAAUGUCACAACCAACUGCAUCCUUAAUCAGUGGACCUACACCAUCGUUAAUUGGUGGUGCAGCACCAUUAGGAGGCUUGGUACAACCAACGAUUCCAGCAGCUAAUGUUCCUGGUGUUUUACCACCCUCGAUUCCCGGAGUUUUACCAUCAUCUAUUCCUGGUGCUUUGCCAUCUGUUCCUGGAGUUGUGCCAUCUAUUCCUACUUCAAUUAUUAGUACUGGUAUGCCGGUUAAGACAGAAACAACAACACUACCAGCGUUACCUUCAAUGGAAAAUUUACAAGGUUUAAUUUCAACGGCUCCAAUUUCUUCUACCCCCAUUAAACCACUUGAAUCGACAGUGAAUACGACUCCUCGAAACACUAUGGAGCGCAUUGGUUCAAUUGAGUCUCCCAUGCAAAUCGAAUGGGCAGUUCCACAUCAAACAAAAUUGAAAUUUACCCAACUUUUUAAUACCACUGAUCGUUCACGAUCUGGAUACUUGAGUGGUCCACAAGCUAGAAAUUUAAUGUUACAAUCGAAAUUACCUCAUGCAGUUUUAGCACAAAUCUGGGCGUUAGCGGAUAUGGACUCAGAUGGACGAUUAGGUUGUGAUGAAUUCGUUUUGGCCAUGUAUUUAUGCGAACAAGCAACCAUGGGAAAAUUGCCGCCAGCAGUAUUACCCACUGAAUUAAUUCCACCAGCAUUUCGACGUGCAUCGGUCACUAGUGGAACGGGUGUUGGUACGACUUCACGACACGGGUCUAUUUCUAGUCAAGGUUCCCAACAACCUGAUGGGGAUCCAGCUUCUAGCUUGCCACAAACUACUUUCGAGGAUAAGCGCAAGGAGAACUUUGAGAAGGGUCAAGCUGAAUUAGAGCGACGUCGUCGCGCUUUGUUAGAAGCACAACGAGCUGAAGCUGAAGCGCGUGAACGUAAAGAACGGGAAGAACAAGAACGAAAAGAAAGAGCUAAAGCAGAACAGGAGCGUAAACGGCAGCUAGAAAUACAACAACAACUUCAGGAACAACUUGAAAAAGAACGUCAACUUGAAGAGGAACGAAAACGACAACAGGAACAAAGAGAGGCAGCACGAAGGGAAAUGGAACGUCAAAGACAGUUAGAAUGGGAGAAACAACGUUCCCAAGAAUUACAACAACAACGACAACGAUCUCAAGAAAAUGUGUUGAAAUUGAAAGCACGCAAUCAAACGCUUUCGAUUGAAUUAAAUUCACUUACCGAUCAAGUAAAAGAAUUAUCCCAGAAAAUUUGUAAUACUCGAGUGGGCGUCUCAAAUGUAAAAACAACAAUUGAUGGAAUGCGUGCAACACGAGACACACACAUGCAAGAAUUAUCACAAUUAAAAACAAAAUUAAAAGAGCAAAAUGCACGAUUAAUUGCACUCAGUCAGGAAAAAUUAAAAUUGGACACGAAAAAUAAAAUGAAUUUACAAAAUGAUCAAGAUCAUUUAGAUCAAACACAAAUGGCGUUCGAUAAUAAAGAAAUUAUUAUCAAACAAUUGAAAGAUAAAUUACAGGAUAUGGAAGAACAAAUUGGUGGAAAAUUAAGUGAUAUUGAAAAUAAUAAUUUACAAUUAAAUGAUCUCACACAACAAUUAAAUGACUUAGUGAGCGAAUGCGAAGUCAUAUAUAACGAUUAUGAAGCAAAAAAAGAGAAGGUGCUACAAAUGAAAAAUAUCAACAACAAUGCUGCAAAUGAUUAUCAAAGUGCAUGGAAAGAUACUGACAACGCUUGGAAUUCAACAUCGUCUGCCGAUUGGGGACCACCAGAAGAUGUUACAACGAAUAAUAGUACAUCGCCAUCAACAUCAAUUAAAUAUCGUGCAAUUUACGAAUUUGUUGCACGAAAUCAAGAUGAAAUAUCAUUUCAACCGGGUGAUAUUAUUAUGGUGCCACCGGAACAAAAUGGUGAACCUGGUUGGUUAGCUGGUGAAAUUCGUGGCCAUUUAGGAUGGUUCCCUGAAUCAUAUGUGGAGCCUGUUACCGAUGGAAGCACUACAUCCGAAAGUGUAUUAUCUGGAGUUAAGGAUGAUAAUAUACUUAUAAACCGGCCAUUAGAAGGUAUCGCUGAAGUUCCGGAAGUCGUAGAAACUGUAUCACAAAUACCUGUUGCCAAUGAAGUAGCAGCACCAGCACCUGUAGAGGCGAUAGGAGAACCAGACUAUUACGUUGCCUGUUAUCCUUACAAUUCAAUAGAACAAGGCGAUUUAAGCUUCAAUGCAGGUGAUGUAAUUAUCGUUUUGAAAAAAGAAGGCGAAUGGUGGACUGGACAAAACGGUGAUAAUAUUGGAAUUUUCCCUUCAAAUUAUGUACAAAAAGCUGAUAUGGCGCCACCGAAUGUUCCAAAACAAUUGGAACAAGCUAAGCAAGAUAUUGAUAAUGCACAAAAUAAAUCAUCGUCAGAUUUUGAUGCAGAAAUAUCAGCGAUUAACGAUAAACGAAAAUCUGUGGACAAAUCACCAGAUUUUGCGGCAAUGGGUUCUAAUACAAUGACUCUCAAGAACUCGAAAAAACCAGAAAUUGCUACAGUUUUGGCACCAUAUCAAGCAACCAGUGCUGAACAAUUAACACUGUCACGAGGACAAUUAAUAAUGAUUCGUAAAAAAUCCGAUUCUGGUUGGUGGGAGGGUGAAUUACAAGCAAAAGGACGCAAACGUCAAGUAGGCUGGUUUCCUGCUACAUAUGUUAAAGUAUUAGAAAGUAGUGGUCGUAAUAGUGGUCGAAAUACUCCAGUUUCUGCAAGUAAAACUGAUCAACAAGAAAUGAUAUUAGAUAAAGUAAUUGCCUUGUUCCCAUAUACAGCACAAAAUGUUGACGAAUUAACAUUUACAAAAGACGAUAUAAUAAGUGUAACGGCCCGUGAAGAACCUGAUUGGUGGCGUGGUGAAUUAAAUGGAGUAUCUGGUUUAUUUCCUAGCAACUAUGUUGGACCCUUACAAUCUUCGAACAAUUUAGAAGAUAAAAAACGUUUGGAGAAUAUAUACGAAUUAAUCAAUUCACAAAAACAGUAUUUAGAUGAUUUAUUAUUGGUAAUCGAGGUAUUUGAGAAUCCAAUCGAACAGAGUCAAUGUAUCAAUGUGAAUUUAAUAUCAAAAAUAUUUAUUAAUUGGCGUGACAUUUUAUAUUGUGAUCAAUUAUUUUAUCAAGAUUUAAUGAAUUGUGAAAGUAAUUGUUAUAUUAUCGGUGACGUUAUUUCAGCUCAUGUAAAUCGUAUGACGCCAUACACAAAAUUUUGUAGUAAACAAUUAUCGGCCGCUUCGUUACUACAACAUUUACUAGAGACAUCGAUACCAUUUCGAAACGAAGUAAAAAAAUGCCAAAAUAAUCCGAAAACAAAAGGCAUGCCAUUAUCAUCGUUCCUAAUUAAACCAAUGCAACGAAUUACAAAAUAUCCCUUAUUUAUAUCAAAAAUUUUAAAACAUACAGACGAAAAUCAUCCAGAUUAUUAUAAAUUAAAAAAAGCCUUAGUACAAAUGGAGAAAUUCUGCCAAGAAGUGAAUGAAAGCGUUCGACGUAGUGAGAAUACAACACGUUUAAAAUGGUUACAAAAACAUGUUUUACAAAGUGAAUCAUUACAUAUUGUUUUUAACUCGGAAACGAAAUCGUUAGGACCUAGACAAUUUAUACAUUAUGGUGUCUUAAUUAAGGUUAAAAGUGGUAAAGAAUUACUGGCCUUUUUAUUUAAUGAUUUUCUACUUCUAACAUUACCUAGUAGGCCUAUUAAUAAUGAACGCCUAUCAUUUUAUAGAGAUUCUGACAUUGAGUUAAAAAUUUAUAAGCAACCAUUUUUAAUCGAGGAUAUAACUUUAUACAAUGACAUAAAGAUGUCGUCAGAAAAUUUAAAUAAUAUGAUGGAUAAAAAACGUUUAAUAGUAUUAAAAACACCAAAUAAAAUUUUACACUUAUUUGCUGUAACAACGAACGAUUGUACGCUGUGGAUUAAACAAAUUACGGAGGCGAAACAAAAUGCGGAACAAAAUAAAAUUACAAUACAAGCAAAAACUAAUUUAAAUGAUUUUAACGAAGAUAAUGUUGUUCGAUAUCAAGGUCGUUUAUUAAUAAAUGUAAUGCAUGGAAUGCAUUUUCAACGACAGACUGGUAAAAUUGUGUGUGAGAAUGUAUUCUGUAAAGUGAUAAUGGAUAAACAAGAACAUAAAACAGAAAGUGUUAACGCAGUUUUACGAAAUAAUACGAAUGGAAAAAUUAGUGAUAUCAAUAAUGGAUGUUUAUUAACGAAUACGAUAUUUGAAUGGAACGCACCCAUGCAAUUUCAUGUACAUGAUAUUAAAUCGGAUAUAUUGCAAUUUUAUGUCUACGAAAAUAGUAUAUUUACGCCGGAUUAUUAUUUAGGUAAAGCAUCAAUAAAAUUAUGGGAUAUAUACAACGAUACAAAAACAUCAAAUGGACCCCUUAUUAAACAGUUAAUAUUAAAGGAGACUGAAGCUGGUGAAAUUGUUAUUAAAUUAGAUAUGCAAAUAUUUAAUAAUUCAUUUUUAAAUUAAGUUUAAACACGUUUAUAGUAAGGAUACUUUAUUGCCGAAUUUCGUGUUUAUGUGGGCAUACUGGUUAAAUGCACUCAAUUUUUAUCAGGUACAAAAGAUAGAUUCAAGUGCGAGUUUAGGGUUCCGUAAACGAAACAACUAAAAAGAGGCUAUGUUCUUCAAAAUCCGUUCAGUUUGGAGGGAACUACAAGGAAAAAACUGCAAUUUGUCGGUUUUUUAUUCAAAUUUUGUAAAUUUAACUUGUAACAUUUAUGGUAUUUUCUUGUAACGGGACUGCUGUUAGCUAUGUUUCGAGUGCGAGUUUAGGGUUCCGCACACAAAACAACUAAAAAAGGGGCGAUGUUCUUCUUAGUUGGUUCAGUUUGGAGAAAGCUACAAGGAAAAGACCGCAUUUGUAGGUUUUUUUUUUUAUUUUUAAUUUUGUAAAUUUUACUUGUAACAGGUGUAACUGGAAAUGAUUUAGUUGUUUUUAUCCAGUGUAUCCACUUUAUAAUGUUCAUGUGUCCUACUAUUAUUUUCCUUUAAGUCAAUAAGAAAAUUAAAUAUAAACAAAUUG